AUGCCGUGCCGAAUCGGACAAGACGACGCCGUCGACAGUGCGAUCAGGGCCGUUGUCAAGAACAAAGAUAUCGCUCUGAAAGGGUACACAGGGCCGACUCCGGCAAGUCUGGGACCGUAUGUCAAGUCAGUGGAGAGUCUGAGGAUUGCCAUGGUGACGCGGGAGGAUAGCCUGUCCGACAGUGUUCUCAUGUCGGUGGCGUUGCUCUGCGUGUGCGAAGCAUUGAUGCAAUCGGAGAUGUUUGCCUGCUUCGCUCACUGGGCUGCUAUGAGUACGAUACUACUAUCGAGACCUCUGUCGUGGCAACCGAGUGAAUUGACCCGAGCCAUCCUCUACCACAUCCGCAACCAGACAUUCCACAUCCCCGUCGCCAGGGGUCAAAUAUCGCCAUUCGACGAUCCGCGAUGGUACACACUCGAACCUGCAGGGGCAUCGAGUCUGCCCACCGAAGUCGCCAGACUAAAGCUGCUAAGCAAUCAACUCAUGAUCCGACUACCACGCCUGAUCCUCCAAACCCGCACUCUAAGAAACGGAGCGGACGAGAUCAAAGGCAAAAAAGCCCUCGCCCUCGCCACCGAACUCUCAAACCUCCAAGACAUAGACGCCGAAAACAAAAUGCUGCACCGCAUCAAAGUGAUCAAAACAACCAACUCGGACGACGCCGACUUCAUCCCCUUCUUCUUCGAAUUCACAAAUCUAUCAGACCUCGAGACGGCCGUGGUCUACUGGAAAUCCCAACUCAUCCUCGGACGCCUUCGUCUCAAACUCAAAGACCUCUUCCCGCACUACGACUUCGACGUCGACGAACUGAACACCAGUAUGGAACGCAUGGCCAUCAACACCAUGAUGUCGCAUCAGCACGCACGGAACCGACAGCAAUACGCGCACGCCCGCGGUAUGGUGGCGAUGCCGACGGGGUGGACGGCGGUAUGGGGUCUUUGGAAGGAUCGGAAGACUUCGUUCAGGGGGAUUACGGUGGAUGAAUGGAAACGAUUCAAUCGUGAUCGCAUCAAUGAGAGUAUUGCGAUUUGGAAGUUUCAGGCGGGCGAUAAGCAGAUCGAUGAGGCGUCUGACUUGCUGGCGGGUGGGCCUUUGGAGGGGACGUUUGUGGCGGCGUUCGCACAUAUCCCAUUCUGGGCGAUGAAUGUACCCUCGAAAGUGAGAUGA